AUGGCCGGGAGCUGGCGCACCGUGGCGCAGGCGGCAGGGAUGCUGCUGGCCGUGCUGGGCUGGGUCUCCUCCUGCGUCACCACCUUCGUGCCGCUCUGGAAGAGCCUCAACCUGGAGCUGAACGAGCUGGAGGUGUGGAGCAUGGGGCUGUGGCAGGUCUGCAUCGCCCACGAGGAGGGCGCGGUGGAGUGCCGAGCCCACGGCUCCUUCCUGGCGCUGCCGCCGGCGCUGCGCGUCGCCCGGCUCCUCAUGUGCUUCUCCGACGGGCUGGGGCUGCUGGGCUGCGCCCUGGCCGCGCCGGGGCUGCGCGGCUGGAGCUGCUGCCACGACAAGCCGGCACUGAAGCGGCGGCUCCUGUGUGCCGGGGGAGCGGCGCUCGGCGUGGCGGGGAUGGCCACGCUGGCGCCGGUCUCCUGGGUCGCCUACAACACUGUCCUUGACUUCUGGGACGACACGGUGCCCGACAUCGUGCCGCGCUGGGAGUUCGGGGAGGCCACGUUCCUGGGCUGGUUUGCCGGAGCCUCGCUGGCCACGGGUGGGCUGCUCCUGGCCGGCAGUGCCAGCACCCCCGGGACGGCGAUGCCGCCAGCCCCCGCUUGCCGCCAGCCCCCCGCCGCGCGGGGCCCGGCCCGCGGCCACCCCCCGCACCCCAAAAACGCAGACCUGGUCAUCUAG